UCUUAGUCAAAGAAACCCUUUUUCUUUGCCAACUUGAAGUCCGUAUUAAGCCCAGCCAACCAGAAAGAGGAGAACAGACAGCAGGAAUGACGCCGCACAGGGAGAAGAAGAAGAGUAAAACUUGCCUGUCGCUGCAGCAGAAAGGCAAGGGAAAAAACCCUCAACAGUCAUCAACGAAGACUUUCCACAGAGGCACAUAUAUGCUACGGCCCCGUGGCAAUUCUUCCGCUUGCACAUUUGGCUUCCCCCAGAGCAGCUCGGCUUCUUCGGUCCCGCCCAUCUGGAUGAAACCUAAGCCAAAGCGAAUGCGUAAACUUGCCGACCUUCACUCUAUUGCCAUCCUUCCGCCUGGAAGCUUGGGAGGAGGAGAAGGAGGAGGAGGAGGAGGACGCGGAGAAUGCCAGGAGCUAACUUGUGGUGCCCGGAAGUUGCGGGCGUGGCAAAAGCUACAGAAGAGGAGGACAGAUAGAGCUGUGAAGGUGCACAGCAAACCAGAAGGGCAUUUCGGCAAACCAGGAGGGCCCUUGAAGGCAUUUCGGCAAAAAAAAAACGAGAAACCCAGCAACCUAGAGGCAACUGGCGUUAACGGGGUGGUUGCGACCGUCAGGAAGGGGGUGAUGGCGAAGCAAAUGAAAGUGAAACAAGAAAAACAUAUGACCACUGCGAUGAUGGAAACACGACUAUCCAUACCACGCGGCAGGAAGAAUGACUCCAAAGCCAUGGAGGUCAAGCGGUCGUCAGGCACAUCGGAAGAAGUGCAACCAGAGAAGAAAGAAGGAUCUGGGACUGCACUGAGGACAAGGAGGAAGUCCACGGAGGGGAAAGGCGAACCCGUUCCGAAGGAAGGAGAUGAAAAGACAACUUCGAGUGUACAUAAGGAGGAAUGCAAGCAGGCAGAAGGAUCGGAUCUGGUGCUGAGAAUCCGCCGGAGGAAUCUCAUUCACGGACAGGGUGAAUCGUCGAGAUUGAAGAAAGGCAGUGGUGCUAUCAUGGCGAGUGACGAUACGAAUAGAUUGGCGGCAUUGGAGGAAGGAGCAGUUGUUUCAGAUGCAUCGGGUGAGAUGGCAGGAACACCGAGGAAGAGGACACAGGGCGAGGGAGAGCCUGUGUUGAAGAAGGGGCAUGUUGCAUGUGACAAUGAGGAAGUGUCUAGUUUAUCUAAGGAACAAGAGAAGCCAGAUCAAUCCAGUGCUACACUUCUAAGAAGUCAGCAGAAAUGUGUGCACCCUGAGGAGGAGGAGGAGGAGGAGGAGCAUGUGUUCAAGAAUGGAGGAGCAGAGUGCGAUGAUAAGGCAGCCUCCAGGCUUGAGAGGGAGAGUCAUGAGGAGGGGAUGAUAUCGGAGCGGGGGGCAACAGGUAUGCAAGCAUUGGAGUUGGAAUAUACACAGUCUCAAAGCCAUCGAACUUUGUCCAGGGUCAAACACCCAGAAGGGUGCAACUCGUUUUCUGAAGAGAAAAGCACGUCCGGAGGAGUUAGCGUCAAGGGCAAAUCAUUGACUCACGGCAGCACUCUGAAGAUAGAAACGUCAGAGGGCCUGAUGACCCCUGCAUGUCCUACUGUGGAAGUAGCUGCUUCAUCAGCGGACAUAUGUGCGAAGACUGUGAAGAGUAAAGAAGCUGGGAAUGAACUGUGCUCCGCAGCCGCCCUUUCGAACAGCACUCCUGAUAACAGUAAGGACGUCAUCAAAAAAGCCCCUGCUACAGGAGGGUUAACACCAAGCCAUGACGACCCCAUUGGGAAUGGGAAUGGGUCAAGCAACUUGCUGCAGAUCGACAACGGCAAGGAUUGCCGAUUCUCUUCUCAAGUGGCAACCUUAGACCAGAGCGUCGAGCAAGAGAAGGAGGUGCUUGUGGAAGAAGGUGGGAUGCCCGGCUCUCGUUUUCUGUUUUUUACUAGUGCCUUGCCAGUGGGCUCUGCAGGCACGGAAAGAGGAAACAUGCAGCAGAGCCGACGGGAGGGUGAGAGGUGUAUUGUGCAUGCUUACUCAUGGGUCAGAAAGAGGAAGAGGGUGGAAAGUGCUGUGCAUCAUCAUCAGCGGAAGCUCCUCUGUGUUGUAGCGAACACCGACGGGGACGGCAACGGCGACGGCGACGGCGACGGCGGCAGCGGCAGCGGCAGCGGCAGCGACAGCGGCACUCCUCGAGACAGAAAGAGACCAAGCAUGCCAUCAUGGGCAAUGGUUCCCAAGGUGCAUGAAGGGGAUCAAGGGGGUGUAGCGAUGGUGGAAGAUCCAGCUCGUUUGAGGGUCUCCAAUGCACAAGCGACUUGCGGUGAUGGCCCUAGCACUGCCCGGGAUGCAGCUGUGUGCGGAAACAUGGCAGCGGACAGGCCAGGCGAAACCAACAACCUCAACUACUGGGACAGGCAUGCAUCCGGACGUCUUUUCGUGCACUCCAGCGUAGGAGCAAGUGGUCAUGCGGGAGAGAGCAGGACGAUGGUCCAGGUUCAACAGAAGCAGCCUAUUACAUCAUGUGAGGAGAGUAGGACGGAAGGCAGCAGGCAGAGGGAUGCGACAGGGAGCUUUGUUGUGGAGCCAAUCAGGAAAGCUGUUCAGGCGCAGCAAGGGAGAACAACCCCUCCCCCUCAUCUCAUGAGGGGGAAGCAGGACCCCAGAGAGGAUCGUAAUGAGAGAGAGAAACAGACAAAGGGUGUCGGUAAGGCUACCACUGGCAUGGAGAAAGAGCCAGGAGGGGAGGAGGGAGACAUACCAGGGUUAACCAGAUGCUCGUCACCUACCACUAUGGUACAACGAAAGGAGAUGCAGAAUGGGCAUUGUGCCAAUUCAAUGCAUGACGGCGGGAUUGGAGGAAGAGAGGCAAGAGAAGGGAGCUCCGAGAGUGCAGUUCUGCACAUAACUGCGGACCUAAGAGGAACUGACAGUUGUAUUGAUGGGCCAUGUGUGAAUGGCGCCGUUCCGCUCGUCACUCUGGAUAUAAGACGAAGUGAAAGUCGAAUCUCUGGACAUAAUGCAGUGGAAUCACCAACUUCGGAGUACUGUCUGGCCCAGAGAGAACAGGACGGUACACUCCAUCACAUCUAUGAUGAAGCGGCAGACACAGGGGUUGUGCAGGCAGGAGCACCCUCCGGGAAAGCAUGUGAUGAAAGCCAUCUACAUCAACAAGAUGUACAAAAUGAAUUACGGCUGUUGGAUGAGAAGGAACAGGAUGCUGCUGUUGGGAGUUGUCCUUCCGUGAGGAAGUCCGGGGAAACACAUGCCACAAAUACAGAUGAUGAGCCCCACAAUCGACGCCUCCUUGCCAGUGACAGAGGCUGCGGCGACAUUCUUCCAUCAAGUGUGUGUGAAAGCGAUCCCUUCAGACAUAGGAACCAAACAAUCGAUGUCCCAGUCCCAUCGCUGGAAAGGUCCCAUGGUCAGCGGGACACGGUGGACUGCAGAGACACUUCUGCAAUGGAGACAAGCGCUGCGAUGGAGAAGACAUGGAAAAUGGAAAUGCCACAGCGGAGGUCGACAAGAGUACGGAGAAGUACCGACACCACCAAAUGUGAUGGUAUCUGGUAUGCAGGGGAGCUGACCCUCAAAGCAUUUGAGCGGCGACGCAUAGUGAAAAAGAAGCCCGUUAAAGCGACCAGCUCGCUAGGUGAAGUUGAUUGUCAAGUUCCUUCGCAACGGGGUAACGAGCCAACAUCCACGGUACCGAACCUGCGUCCUCCAGCGAGAUGUCAAGGCGGUUGCAACAAGGCUUUGCAGCUGCACCACAGAGCAUCCUUUAAUAGCCGUCACUGGAGCUCUUCAGAAUCUUUAUCCCAAAACCAGGAGGGAGAGCUGAGAAAGCCAUCCUCUUCGGUCAACAACGACUCAGACUCAGGCAGCGCACAUCGUCAUGGAGAUGGACAUGGGCAAAAUGUAGAUGGGUGUAUACAGGAGGACAAUGCUAAGCCUACGAGGGAGGAGGAGGAGGAGGGCGGCACAACAACUAGUGAAGCAGAGUGGCAGAAGAAAAGGCGUCCAGAGCUGUGCCUGCUUCUCAGCACAUGUCGCCAGUUUGGGCAGGUUUUGAAAUCCCUGGCAAAUGAGCGCAUAUGCAGCGAUUCGAAUGUGUUCGGCACAUCAACACGCUCGAAGGGUGGAGAAGGCGGCGAUUGGGGGCGGAUGCUUGAAAAGAAGCAUACGCUGACAACGAAUGGACGCAUGGGCAGGAGAAACGCACGCAGGGAGAGCCAUCUCUGUCCGCACUGUUCUCGUGUCUACAACUGUGAACCUCGUGCGUUCCACUGCCAUGUCAAACUCUGCUAUCUGAAGCGAUCUGAGAUUGGAACAAAACCAACAGGGCAACACGAUAAGACCGAGGUGGCUAGAAAUAGACGCAAAGGCAUAGCUAAACGACUGCCCGCAGUGGGAAAUAGUCAUAUGGAUGACUCAACGGGGCGAAAGGAGUGGGAAGAGCCAUGGAGAGUAGUUCCGAUGACAGAAGACCAUGUAAUCGGCCGCCAUGUCCCGUCACUGUGUGCUGAUGUCAAUAUGCGCGAGAUGAAUGAGCCCGAGAAUCACAGACAUAGCGUAUCUGGUUUACAUAGGUUGACUGCGCUCGCGAGUGUUGUUGAGGGAAUCACUCAGCAGGAGGAAGCGGCUAUCGGCUCUCUGCUCAGCUUCUGACACAGACCUACUGUCUUUGUGUAGAUGUGUCUCUCUGACGUAAACCAACUACAACAGCUUCUGACGUAAACCGAUUCUGCUGUAAACCGAUUACAACAGCUCGUUGUCGAGGAGCACUACAGAUUCAGCAAGAAGCCUCUACUCGCUCAUAGAAUUUCAACAAGACCAUCGUGUCUGAUAACAUACUCAUCGUCAAGAUGGUUAUGCUCCUGGCGUCGAGCAUGGACGGCUACGAGAGUGAGGCAUUCUACAGUGAGCGCGGAAAUGAACACUGAUAUUCGAG